CAAUGCAUAUCUCCUAGCUGAUUAAUCUCAUAGUCUCUCUUUAAAUAUUUCAAAGUUGCCCUCCUUUGGUGUUCAGAUGAAGACAAAGAAGAUAUUGUGUAUAUUACUGUUGCCUUGAGUGAGUUAUGUCAUAUUGUACUCUUGUCUACACCUCAGCUGAACCAGUGGGAACAAUUUUUAUGCUGUUUUCUUCUGCUCCAGUUUACAGUUUCUUCCAGCAUCAAAUCUGCCAGACCUAGAAGCACACAGAAAAUGAAAGACUCCUGGAGUUUGACAUGCAGUGCCUGUCAGUAUUUUCCUCAGUGAUUGCAGGUUCUCUGUCCAUGGCUGGUGACGACUGGCACUUCAUGCUCUGCUGUGUUGUGCAUCAACAGAUGCCCAGUUAAUGGCACCUAUUUGAUGGAACAACAUGUCCUGCAGUGCAGAAUGCUUUGCUAUUUGUCUUGCUCUUCCUGUUUCCGAUGCUGCUGUCUGGAGCUUGGUUUCCCAAAACUUUGCCCUGUGAUGUUAAAUCUUCAGAAGGUACUGUGACAGUGGACUGCACCUACCGGCGUCUCACACAAGUCCCCAGAGGGAUCCCUGAAAACGCCACCAACCUCACCCUGAGUAUUAACCAUAUUCCCCAUAUCUAUCCAACAUCCUUUGCUCAACUGAAAAACCUCAUGGAGAUUGACUUCAGAUGCAACUGUGUGCCUGUCAGACUGGGGCCCAAAGAUCUUGUCUGCAACAGAAGACUGGAGAUUGAGAAUGGCAGUUUUGCUGCCCUGACAAGACUCAAGUCACUGUACUUGGAUGCAAACCAGUUGUUGGAAAUACCCCGAGGUCUUCCUACUACCUUAACCCUGUUGAGCCUGGAAGCAAAUACUAUCUUUUCUAUCCAAAAAGUCAACUUGUCAGAGCUAGGAAACAUAGAGGUAUUGUAUCUGGGACAGAACUGUUACUACCGCAAUCCAUGCAAUGUUUCAUUUGAAAUUGAGGAAACAGCCUUUCUGGAGCUGAAAAAAUUAACAAUACUAUCGCUGAAGUCCAACAACUUAACACACAUUCCACCCAAUUUGUCAUCUACUUUGAAGGAACUGUAUAUUUACAAUAACAGGAUUCAAGUGAUUCAAGAACAGGAUUUAAGUGCCCUUCCCAACUUAGAAAUUCUCGAUCUGAGUGGCAACUGCCCACGUUGCUAUGAUGCCCCAUAUCCUUGCAUUCCCUGCACCAGUGGCUCAAUUCAGAUACAUUCAAAGGCUUUUGAUUCCUUGAAAAAUUUAAGAAUUUUGCGACUUCACAGUAACUCUCUUCAGAGCAUACCCAGCAGUUGGUUUAAAAACAUCAAGAACCUCAAAGAACUUGACCUCUCCCAAAAUUUCCUCAUGAAGGAGAUUGGAGACGCUCAGUUUUUGAAGUUUGUCCCCAGCCUGGUGGAGCUUGAUCUGUCCUUUAAUUUUGAACUCAAGUUGUAUUCACCCUUCUUGAAACUGUCUGAGACAUUUUCUUCCCUCUCUAAUCUGGAAACCUUGAGGCUUAAGGGUUAUGUCUUUAAAGAACUGAGAAAGGAGGAUCUACGCCCACUGCUCAGUCUUAGGAAUCUCACCGUCUUGGAUCUUGGGACUAAUUUUAUUAAAGUUGCAAACCUGACAGUGUUCGAAGAAUUCCCAGCUCUUAAGUUCAUAGACCUCUCAGUGAAUAAAAUUUCUCCUUCUUCAGGGGAAAGCAACUCCAAUGGAUUCUGCUCUAAUCCUAGGUUUUCAGUAGAGCAGAACAUCGGGCAAGCAUUACCAGACAUGCAUUAUUUCAGGUAUGAUGUGUAUGAGCGAAGUUGCCGUUCCAAAGAUAAAGAGGCUGCUUCCUACCAAUCUUCAGUUAAGGAAGAAUGCCUGCAAUACGGAAAAACUCUGGAUUUGAGCAGAAAUAAUGUAUUUUUUAUUAACCCCUCAGACUUCCAGGGACUUAGCUCCCUUACGUGUCUCAAUUUGUCAGAUAAUGCAAUAAGUCAAACUUUAAAUGGAAGUGAAUUCUCCUACUUGUCUGGAUUGAAAUAUCUGGAUUUUUCUAACAACAGGGUCGAUUUGCUAUACCAAACUGCUUUCAAAGAGCUAGAACACUUAGAAAUUCUUGACCUGAGCAAUAAUCAACAUUAUUUUCUGGCAGAAGGUGUUACUCAUGUGCUUAAUUUUGUGAAAAACCUAGACCAUUUGAGAAAGCUGAUGAUGAAUGAUAAUGACAUUUCUACCACCAUUAACACAGGAAUGGAAAGUCAAUCUCUUCAAAUUUUAGAAUUUAGAGGAAAUCGUUUAGAUGUUUUAUGGAUGGAUGGCAAUGCUAGAUACUUAUCCUUCUUCAAGAAUCUGACCAGCCUGGAAGACCUGGAUAUAUCCUUCAACUCGCUCAGUUUUUUGCCUCCCACUGUUUUUGAAGCAAUGCCUCCCAAACUCAAGCUCCUCAACUUAACCAAUAAUCGACUAAAGAGUUUCAACUGGGAAAACCUCCACUAUCUGAAGAAACUAGUAACUCUGGACCUGAGCAAUAACCUUCUGACCACUGUUCCCCGAGAACUGUCCAAUUGCUCCUCAUCACUGCAAGAACUGAUGCUCCGAAACAAUCAUAUUCAGCAGCUAACCAAACAUUUUCUCAGAGGUGCUUUUAAACUGAGGUAUUUGGACCUCAGCUCAAACAAGAUUGAAGUAAUUAAGAAAUCUAGCUUCCCUGAAAAUGUCAUCAACAACCUGAAGAUGCUGCUUUUGCAUGGCAACCCUUUCAAGUGCAACUGCGAGGCCGUGUGGUUUGUCUGGUGGAUCAAUCAGACUCAGGUGACUAUUCCUCUUCUGGCCUCAGACGUGACCUGUGCUGGCCCAGGGGCACAUAAGGGAAGGAGCGUGGUUUUCUUGGAUCUGUAUACCUGUGAGCUGGACACCUCAUAUUUGAUCCUGUACGCUCUAUCAGCUUCAACCGUCCUCAGCUUUAUGGUGCUUGCAGUGAUGAGCCAUCUGUACUUCUGGGAUGUGUGGUAUAGUUACCAUUACUGCACUGCCAAGCUGAAGGGCUAUCGGCGUUUAUCUUUACCAGAUGCCUGUUACGAUGCUUUUAUUGCCUAUGACAACGAAGAUCCAGCUGUGAAUGACUGGGUGAUGGAAGAACUGAUUAGAAGGCUGGAAGAUCAAAAAGCCAGGCAGUUCAACUUAUGCCUGGAAGCAAGGGACUGGCUCCCAGGACAGCCAGUCUUUGACAACCUUUCCCAGAGCAUUCAGCUAAGCAAAAAGACUGUCUUUGUGCUGACCAAUAAGUAUAUUAAAAGUGGCAGUUUCAGGACAACCUUUUACAUGGCCCACCAGCGGCUUCUAGAUGAAAAACUGGAUGUCAUUAUCUUGAUAUUUCUUGAGAAGGUUUUGCAGAAGUCGCGCUAUGUCCGUCUGAGGAAGAGGCUGUGCCGAAAUUCUGUCCUGGAAUGGCCAACUAACCCUCAAUCUCAGCCCUUCUUCUGGCAGUGCCUGAAAAAUGCCAUAGCUACAAACAAUUUGCUGGCUUACAACAAGCUUCUCCAAGAAACUGUUUAGCUCUCCCUUUAUAUAUAGUUAUGAUGCAGAGUUAUCAAAAGAUCCUCAACUUCAUUUGCCAAAAUUGUUGAAUCAUAGAAGAUAAAUCUAAUUUUGUUAUUAAGCCCCAAAAUAGAAUGCAUAUUCAAUUCCAAAGCUGAAAAUUCACUUGUUGUGCUAUGACAAGUUUGAAGAGAAACUGUUACCAGAGCAGAUGUUUAGCUGACAUGUGCCUUGGUUGGCACUGACUGCUGCACAGGAAGAGGAGAUGCCAAAAUGGGAAGGUGUGAGGCAAAGUUCAGAAGGUCUUGCAGUCUUCUGCGUGAAAACAACGAGGGGGAGGAGAACAGCAGAGAGGCAGAGGGACAGGCACAAGGCAGAUAGGGAAACUCAAGUAAAUCAAGGUGGAAGUGAGAAGAAACAAGGAAAGGAAGGUAAAAAGAUAAAAGAGAAAGUGGAAAAGGUGGGGGAAAACGCAGCUAAAGUAGGGCAUGCUAGAAGUUAAAGAAUAUGUACUGCUAAUUUGCAAGUCACCUUUUCACUUUGCCUUUCACCUGCCUCUUGCGCUGUUGGCUGAGCUGAUUCCUUCCUGAAGACUCAGGGCUCCUCUCCAGUGUUGUAAUGUCAGUUUUAGGAGCUUGGCUUCUCCAUUUCCACCCAAGUCCUAUGUUACAACCCCUUCUGUAUCAACUGGGAUGGUGUUAGCUGGUCCAGCCAGGUCUGGGGCCUGAAGACUGAGUCACCUCUACCUGCCCAGACUUUCUCCAGAAGAAAACAUGGUCAAAAUCUGGAAGUACAAAGUGUGUAAGACAAAGUCAUACAAGAAAAGCAUAUAUCCUGCUGUUUCUUUAGAUGUGCUGUGGUGCUCCAGAGCAGCCUCAAGCUCUCCACCUUCUUGUUCCCCAGACAAGCCCAUCUCCCACAGCAGCUGAUAGGGCACCACUAAACACCUGAGAUAGGAAUGGGUCUGACUUUAGAGACAUCCUGAAAAAGGGAAGAAACAAUGCUCAGAAACAUGAACACCUAGGCCUGUUCCCCACUCUGUUUCACAGAACACACUCAUCAAACAUUUGAGAGUAGUUCAACUGAAGCCUUUUGUAAUGGCAGCCUGAACUUCUGAGCGUGACAUGGGCAGGUUCUCUGCUUGUUGUAAUAAUGUCUGUUUUGGGAGGGCAGCACAUUCUCACCUUGCAGGGUGCUCCUGUCUGCAUCAGUCUGGGUAGCUUCUCCUCUCUUGCUCAAAGUUCUUUUUCUUUUCUGGCAAGUAGUCUCUGUGAUAACUCUGGCUGCAGGGGAACUGACACUCUUAAUUGCUUUAAACCUUUUUUUCACUUACCUGUUCUGACUGGUCCUUUCUUUAAAUAGACUCUCUUUUAUUUAAUUGUAGGCAACCAGACAGACAAGAAUACAAACACAAACAUAAACAGGAAAGCAAAACUUCAUGUAAUAAUAUUGCAGACAAGAAGGGGUUUUUUCCUCUCAAUUUGUCACAUCAUUUAGGAAGAAAUUCUGUAC